CUCUCCUCAUCCUCCAAACCCUCUCAUCUGUCAGCAGUAAGCUCACUCUCCAAGUUACAAGGCCAUUCUCAGCACACACAGACAACAUGCUGGGGACCCUCUGCACUCUCAUCACUGCUCUAACAUGUGUGAGUGGUGUGACGGUGGUGACACAGAAGCCUCCUGUUGUGACGCUCAGGAAAGGAGAGACAGCCACCAUGGACUGUAACCUGGGGACUGUUACUAACAGUGCUGCUCGCUGGUACAAACAGACUCCAGGAGGAGUUCCUCAGUAUAUACUGAGGUUUUAUCAUACAAACAGUGCUCCAACCUAUGGCUCUGGUUUCUCCUCUCCCAAGUUCACAUCUAAUCAUCAGUCAACAUCAGAUUAUCGUUUGAUCAUCAACAAUGUGGAGGAGGGAGACUCAGCAGUCUAUUACUGUAACACAUGGGACAGCUCUGUUAAUGAUGUGGUAUUCGGACAAGGCACCAAGCUGAUUGUGGCAGGCUCCGGUCUCUCUCCUCCUGUCCUGACAGUCUUCCCUCCGUCCAGUGCUGAGCUCCAGUCCAACAAAGCCACUCUGCUCUGUCUGUCCAGUCAGUCUGUGCCUUUUGCAGAAGUGACCUGGUUGGUUGGUGGGAGUCAGUUGAGCAGUGGGAUCUCUACCAGCACCGCUGUUCACCAACCAGACCACACUUUCCAAAUCAGCAGCUAUCUGGACAUCCAGACGUCAGACUGGAACAUGGAGAAGCUUUACACAUGUAAAGUGUCUUUGGGCUCCCAGACUUCAGAGAAAGACAUCAGCAAGUCAGCCUGUCCCACUGAACAAUAGCAGAGGAGCAGAAUGAGCGUUUACAACCUGCUUCUUUACCGUUUGUGCUGUUUGCUCAUUACAAGGUUUUUACAUGUUAGAAAAGAUGUGUCCGCAUGCUCGUAAUAACUGUUGUGACAGUUAGGUGGAGGUGUUGUAUCAGCUUUGCAUCUUCUGCAUUUUUUAUCAUUCAUUCAAUUAAAUAAAAAUUCUGCCAUCAAAAUAAA